GCAGGUUCGCCAGCAGCCCAAACUUUGUGACCAUGCGUCAGAAGCUUGAGAAGAGUAUCGACCGUGACAAGCCGCAGCAUUUGACCAUCGUCCACGUAUCCCACGGGCCAGAUACCAUCAUCCGCUUGCACUCUAGUCACCCGCGGUGGUGAUUCUCUGGGAGAAGCCGAAGGACCAUCUAUCCAAGCCUGAGCUCUACGUAAGGAUUGCCGCUGAGAUCUCCGAGGAACUGAACAGCCUCGCUUUCGGCGGGCCAACGCUCGAGGAUCCGUGAUUGGUUUCUUAACGCUUUGUCAAUGGUGUCGGAGCUGAUGAUUUUAGGCAGAGGGCAAUCCGGACGGAAAGUUGAUGAGACCGCUGCACGUCGAGCGUCGGCAGGCACUACUCAAGUGCUUGCUGGCUUCGAUCGCAUCCGAGGCUGAGCGGGUAUCUCAUGACAAUCACAGCGGACUAAAGUGGCGGCAUGCAGACCUGUAAAGCAGAGCAGCCCAAGUUUUGGCCCAUUCUGGCGCUUGUAAACGACUCGGCCGCGACCAAGUAGGGCCCUUUCUUUCUUGAGCUGUCCACUCAACUGACCAUGGAGCUGCAAUCACCUUGUGCUGAGACCAGAAUCAUGAUCAUGAUAGCUGCUACCGUAGAUCGCCAUGUUUCCCACACUCUUUUCACAGGCGCACAUCGUACGUUCUCUUCCGACGGCCCUCUUGACGUUCUGUGGUGCUCCCGUAGCUUCUGGCUGUCCUCGUAGCUUCUGGCUGUCAUCAUAGCCCACUGCCACAGCUUUGCCACCGACUUCUUAUCGCACACUCUGUUCGCCCGCUAACUCCGACCGUUCUCCAUCUUUCCGUGACCCAGUGCCGUGUCGAUAGUUGCCAAUUCUCUCAGUUCUACGCAGCAGAUGUGGGGACGAACGUGCCCUGUCGUUGUAUAAGAAAGAUGGCAACACACGCCAUAGUAUCUGCUGUCCUACUUAUACCCUUCACCUCUCGCUCCCUGCCCUCCUCAGGAUGGCUACUCAACCCCCUCCGCCCUUGACUCUACAGGACUUGGGUCUCAAGGCCAGCAGCACCAUCGGAGCUAUUCUUAUAGGAAGCUUUGUAGUGGCCAUGCUGUAUGGAAUCAUCGUCAUACAAACCAUGCUGUUCUUCCAAGGACAGUCGCACAAUAACCGUUACAUGAGAUACACAGUCGCUGGACUUUGGGUCAUGAAUUCUGUGCAUAUGGCUUUCAUCAUCCAUCCGGUCUAUUGGUAUUUGGUGUCUAACUAUCUUCAGCCCCUCGCAAUAGUCCAAAUCGUCUGGUAUAUCGCAUUCACCGGUGGCCGUGUGCAUGUACUAACAAAUGUCGAAUUGAUAGGAGUGUCUCGGCCCUUUGCAGGCGGGAGUCAUCGUGACGGUGAGCAUUGCGUUCCGGAUCUGAUUUUUAUGAGCGACUCGACACUAUAUUAUGCAACGCAGGCUGUGAACGAUUUCAUCGUCCGCUGCUGGUUCGUGUAUCGCAUCUGGAUCUUGAGCGGCCGCAACCGUUGGGCUACUUUUCCCAUGACGAUUCUGUGCAUUUUUCUGUUCGGCCUUACAAUUGUUACUGGCGUCGAAUUCUACCAAACCAAGACAUAUCUCCGACUUGUGCAUACCCACGUACGGUGGCUCGUUUACACCGAUCUCUCCCUAGUCUUUGCGGCGGAUGUGCUCAUUGCGGCCACCCUUUGCUACCUACUCGCUAUAUCUAGAACGAAGGCCAUGAAUCACAAGUCUGUCCAUAUAUCUUGUAGAUCCACGUUGCUUAUGCUGAAAUUGAUCUACGACAGGACAGAGUCAUACGUCAACAUCCUUAUCCUGUAUACAAUUAACACGGGGCUGCUGACGAGUAUGUUAUCCAUGGCGUGUCUCAUCACGUUCGUUACCAUGCCUCACAACUACGUCUUUGUGGCCUUAUAUUUCCCGAUGAUGACUCUAUAUGCCAAUUCGCUCCUAGCGUCGUAA